AUGUAUAAAAAAAGAUUUUUAAAAACAUUAAAAAUAAUGGAUAGAAUAUAUAAUAAAAAUAAUGAAGAAGACAUAUAUUUAUGUUAUAAAAAUAAAAAUAAUAAAAAUAUUUUAACAAAAUUAUGGGAAUUUACAUUAAAUUCAUGUCAAUUUACAGUUACUGAUAUAAAAUUUCAUCCAUUUUAUGAAGACCUAUUUGCUAUAUCAUUUAAAAGUAAUGAUAUAAAAACAAAUAUGGGAAUACUAUGCUGUUUUACAUUUAAAAAUACAAAAAACCCUGAGCAUUUGAUAAAAACAAAUUUUCAUAUAUAUUCUAUAGAAUGGUCAAACACAAAUAAUUCGAUAAUAAUUAUUGGCUUGUCUAAUGGGAGUAUAUGUAUAUAUGAUUUAAAUAAAAAGAAAAAUGAAAGAUUAAUAUUUGAAAGUAAUUUAAAAAAUAUAUAUAAUAGAGAUAUUAUUUCUCAGAUUUAUUUCCAUAAACAAAAUAAAACAUUUUAUUCUGUCUCAUAUGAUGGAAAUAUUUAUUAUUGGAAAUAUAAUAGUAAAUUUACAACAGGAGAAAAAUUAUUAACAUUAAAAAAAAAUAUGAAUGAUUUUGAUGGUGCAUUAAAUAGUACACAUACACAAUCUAUUACAUGUAUCGACUUUAAUCCGUUUAAAACUAACAUGUUUUUAAUAGGAACAAAUAAUGGAACUAUUUAUUUAUAUUCAUCUGCAUAUUCAGAUAAUUAUUUAAGUCUCUAUAAUGAACAUACUAUGUCUAUCAAUUCUAUUUCUUACAACAAGUUUAAGAAAAACAUUUUCAUUUCCUCAUCCUAUGAUUGGACAAUCCGAAUUUGGGACCAAAAUCGAACCUCCUCCUUGAUCGUGUUUGAUACAAAAGAGUGCAUAUAUGAUGUCAAAUGGUCCCCCUUUUUAUCAACAUGUUUUUUUGUAAUUAGCUCAAACAAUUGCGGACACCUUCAUAUUUAUGACUUAAGUGUUGAUAUUAAUAAAGCAAUAACUACCGAAGUAAUUACAAAAAAAAAAAAAUUAAGAAAGUUAUCUAUUAACAAUUUUAAUGAUGUUAUAUUAAUAGGAGAAGAGAAUGGAGUUGUAUAUACAUACAAAGUAUCUUACAAUUUUAAUCAAACAUAUAUGGAUUAUUUAAAGGGAAAGAUUAGCUAUUCCUUUCAAAAUGAACUUAUGGAUAUAUUUUUAGGGAAGGUUAAAUAA